UGUCGUUGUUGCUGUCAUCAUAAGUCAUGUUUUCUUUAGCCAAAAAUUUAUUCUUGAUUUCUUUUUUGGGGGGGGGGAGAAUUUGUUAGUUUAGUGUUUAGAUAUAUAUUUUUUUCAUGAUCCUUGUUUGCCUUCUUUUUUGAAUAUUUUUUAUUUUUGUAAGAUUACACCUGGUGCUUUACCACCACAAUCACAUUUUUGACAAUUUUGAAGAAUACAAACAAUAAGAGAAGGAAGAAAAAAAAAGGGGGGGGGGGUCAAGAAGUAUUUGCUGUUUUCAACAAUAUUUAUGAAUCACUUUGACAACAAUAAUUUACACAACAAGUGCAUGUUUGUGUACUUCGAGCAUGGAUUAUUUAUAAAAGUUCACGGGUGGGGAGAUUAAAACGUCCUCCAAUUCUGAAGUAAUUAAAGAAGGCUAUGUCAAAUGGCUUCUUUUUUUUUUUUUAAACUGCUAGUAGGGGGACUUAUUUUUCUUAAACAUUUCAAAUCAAGGGCGAGUGGUCGAUGCAGAAAGGGUUAAAGAGGCGCAGCUAAAGCCGGUGGAGCUGAAGUCAUCCGGCAAAAAGCGCACAGCGAAGAGGAAGAGCACGAGGAGGAGGAGGAGAAUUAGAGCUACAAAAAAAAAAAAAAAAAAAGCACCUCCGAAAUACUCAUCAAGGUGGAUCUUCUAUCUUUGUUUUAAUAUUAGUCUGCAUUGAGGAGAAGUGGAAUGAGAAGAGAAACAAAGGCAGCAGCCGUCCGUGGCUCCAAGCACCGCGACGCUCGCAGCCAAGCUCCCCGAGUACGCUUCGCAGGAGCGGGCUGUCGUGCGCCAUGAGAGGAGAAGUGCGGCUCAGCUCCACUGAGAGGAGGAAAUAUCACCUGACGAGCGCCCUCCUCCCUCUCCAUCACUACCAACACCGCCAAAGUGGGGACAGAAGCAGACACCGUCACUCCCCGCAUCUUUCAAACCGGAGACGGUGAACGCUUCACAUCAGCUGCGCGUUUUUAGGGAGGACAGAACUUUCUCAUCGACCUGCGUGUGGGGGUAGGGGGUGGGGGGAACUCGGAGGAACCUUCAUCCCCGACUGACUGGAGCGAGCUGUCAGAGAGUCUCCUUGCGAGCACUUCAGUUUUUCAAGUCCAACAAAGUCCCGAUUAAAGUCCUGGGGCCACUGUAUCGAAGAUGCCGGUCCGGAGAGGCCACGUGGCUCCGCAGAACACCUUCCUGGACACCAUCAUCAGGAAAUUCGACAGUCAAAGUCGCAAGUUCGUCAUUGCCAAUGCUAGAGUGGAGAACUGCGCCAUUAUCUUCUGCAACGAUGGCUUCUGUCACAUGUGUGGUUACUCACGAGCUGAGAUCAUGCAGAAGCCAUGCACGUGUAACUUUCUUUACGGACCUGACACUAAACGUCUGGCCAUUGCUCAGAUGGCGCAGGCCCUACUCGGGUCAGAAGAGAGGAAAGUGGAGAUCAACCUUUACCGCAAAGAUGGCCAGUGCUUCCUGUGUAUGGUGGAUGUGGUGCCCGUGAAGAACGAAGAUGGCAUGGUGAUCAUGUUCAUCCUCAACUUCGAGGUCAUGACUGAGGAGUCACUGCAAGACUGCAAACAGGAGCUCAACCACCGCCUUCCCACCUGGCUCGUCACUGGUCGUCCAAGAGGUUUCAAGUUGCGCCUUCCCCUGCUGCGGUCCCUCUCCAACAGUAAAGUGUCUCUGAAUGACGCGGAGUCUGGUCUGAUCCCUAUUGCGACGCCUUUGCCACUGCACCCAGUCGACCACUGUCACGAGUCCCUCGGCUUUGGGGAGUUCCUGCCCCUUUCCCCUUUACCGUCAGAUCACACGGAGCAAAUCAGUGAACGCAGGUCACCUCUACAAGGUUGGACAGAAGACCACGUGGAGGACCACCGCACAUUACUGGACUCAGUGUCUCCUGUGCCCCCUCCUCUACCUCCUCACCACGUAAUCCACCUUGUGGGACCCCUGACCCAGUCGUCCUCUUGCGUAGCACCCCACCAUCGCCUCAACCUCAACCAGGACGCCUCCGGCUCUAACUGUUCGCUGUCACGAAGCCGCUCGCGGGAGAGCUUCCACAGCAUGAGGCGUGCGUCCUCUGUCGACGAGAUUGAGGCCAUGAGGCCUGACUGGGACCGGAAAAACCGGAGAGCGAGUGUCCGACUGGGAAGCACUGGUGCAGUGAAUAGUAAGUCCAACAUACUGAACUCCACGUCAGACUCUGACCUCAUGCGGUACCGUACCAUCUCCAAAAUUCCUCAGAUCACCCUGAACUUUGUGGAUUUCAAACCCGACCCCCUCAUCGCCCUACCCACAGGGGAGAUGGACAUCAUUGCGCCUUGUAAACUCAUCGACCGUACGCACAAUGUGACGGAGAAAGUUACUCAGGUGCUCUCUCUCGGUGCAGAUGUGUUGCCAGAAUACAAGCUCCAGGCUCCACGCAUCCACAGCUGGACAGUGUUGCACUACAGUCCUUUCAAGGCGGUGUGGGAUUGGCUCAUCCUGCUACUGGUCAUCUACACCGCCAUCCUGACACCUUACUCAGCUGCUUUCCUCCUGAACGACCAGGAAGAAGCAGCCAUGCAGAGCUGUGGUUACUCCUGCUCUCCUCUCAAUGUGGUGGACCUCAUAGUGGACAUCAUGUUUAUUAUCGAUAUCCUCAUCAACUUCAGGACAACAUAUGUGAACACUAACGAUGAGGUGGUGAGCCAUCCACUGCGCAUCGCCGUGCACUACUUUAAAGGCUGGUUCCUCAUUGACAUGGUGGCCGCCAUUCCCUUCGACCUUCUAAUUUAUCGCAGUGGGGAGGAGACCACCACUCUGAUUGGCCUGCUGAAAACAGCUCGUCUCCUCCGAUUGGUCCGCGUAGCACGAAAACUGGACCGCUACUCAGAAUACGGCGCAGCUGUCCUCUUCCUCCUCAUGUGCACCUUUGCCCUCAUUGCACACUGGCUGGCCUGCAUCUGGUAUGCCAUUGGUAAUGUUGAGCGGAACGGCUCGAUUGGGUGGCUCCAUACACUCGGGGACCAACUGGGAAAACAAUUUAAUGACUCCAUCCCAGGAACAGGACCCUCCAUUAAAGACAAGUACGUUACAGCUCUGUACUUCACCUUCAGCAGUCUGACUAGUGUGGGUUUUGGAAAUGUCUCCCCGAACACCAACUCAGAGAAGAUAUUCUCCAUCUGUGUCAUGCUUAUAGGAUCCCUGAUGUACGCCAGCAUCUUUGGGAACGUCUCUGCCAUCAUCCAGCGGUUGUACUCGGGGACGGCCCGUUACCACACCCAGAUGCUUCGAGUCAGGGAGUUCAUCCGCUUCCACCAGAUCCCCAACCCGCUUAGGCAGAGGCUGGAGGAGUAUUUCCAACAUGCCUGGUCGUACACUAAUGGCAUCGACAUGAAUGCUGUGUUAAAAGGUUUCCCGGAGUGUCUCCAGGCGGACAUCUGUCUCCAUCUCAACCGGACUUUGCUGCAGAACUGCAAGGCUUUUAAAGGCUCCACCAAGGGCUGCCUCAGGGCACUGGCCAUGAAGUUUAAGACCACCCACGCACCCCCGGGUGACACCCUUGUCCACGCCGGGGAUGUCCUCACUGCAAUCUACUUUAUAUCCAGAGGAUCCAUAGAGAUACUAAGAGGAGACGUUGUGGUUGCCAUAUUAGGAAAGAACGACAUCUUUGGUGAACCUAUCAACCUGUAUGCUCGACCGGGUAAAUCCAACGCAGAUGUGAGGGCUCUAACGUACUGCGACCUUCACAAAAUAUUCAGGGAAGACGUGCUAGAGGUGUUGGACAUGUAUCCUGAAUUUGCAGAACACUUCUGGAACAACCUGGAAAUUACCUUCAACCUCCGUGAUACCAACAUGAUCCCAGGCUCUCCCAGCAGUGAUGAGUCUAAAUGUGGGGGGUUCAACAAAUUACGCAGACGCAAAUUAUCAUUCAGGCGACGCACAGAGAAGGAUGAUGCAGAUGUCGGCGAAAUUAAAAAGACCCACAAGUCUGUAAAUAGAAGACGAGAGAGAGAAGCAGCCCACAACCAAAAACGUCAAGAGGCAGCAAAGAGGCAGUAUCGGAGCUCAGUGUCUUCCCAUUCCAGCGGUGAUGAGGGAGAGGAUUCAGUUGUAACCAGCCUUGCUCCUUCAUCGGCAAUGUUGGAGAAUCAUCAUGUCCAGGCAACACACAAAAACACUGAGAACACAGAUGUCGAUGGAGAAGUCAAGACUGGCAACACCUGCAACGCAUUGUCAGGUGCUCUCUCAGGUGUGUCCAAUAUCUUCAGUUUCUGGGGGGAAAAUCGAGGGGGUGGUCAGUACCAGGAGGUUCCCAGCUGCAGCCUAGCCUCUCCCCCACCCCUCAGCACACCUUUGCACAGCUUGAGCCGCCAGCAACGCAACCAGCUGGACACACGCCUAGACCUGUUGCAAAAACAACUUAACAGAUUGGAGAGUCGCAUGUCAGCAGAUAUUGGAACGAUCAUGCAGCUGCUGCAGCGACAGAUGGCUCUUGUCCCCCCUGCCUAUAGUGCUGUAUCAUCACCGCCUCAGGCCUCCCCAUGCGCUGAUCCAGGUACUGGAGAGAAUCUGGUUCCGCCUGUUACACAUCUGGAGACAAACACCCUGGCCUCCUUGUCACAGAUCUUGGACUCUCAGGACUUCAAGGAGUUCCCAGCGACGUCUCUAGAAUCUCGAGAACUGCAGGACUCACCUUUGUUCAACACCAGCCAGAACCAGCGCUCCUCCUCUGGACUGGACAUCUUAGGAGAGCAUUUGGAGCUUGAAAUUGGAUUGGAAACUGGAGGUGCAACUAUUUUACAGCCAGCAGCAGAUUUGGAUUUAGGCAGUGGUGCAGGAUCAGGUUCACAAUCAGAGAUGGGCACAAGCCUAAGAAGAACAGGGUUGGACUUUGUUUCAGAGUUGUGUAUCAAUGUUGGGGUCGAGCAAACAGCUGAAGCAGGGCUAUUUUCCCAGGAUUCUGAAACCCAAAGGAGGUUGUCUCUCCAAGAGUCGCAUACACCUCAGGACUCACGGACACCACAGAGACACGGCUCCGACCCAGGGGGGAGCUAAGGAAGAAGCGAAGGGCGCAGAGAACGGGAAGGUUCUACGUUGAGAGGGAAUGAGCGACAUUGUAUCCUACUUGCCCUAUUUAAACCUUUGGAACCAAAACCCUCCUGUGACCUUAAAUGCAAGGAUGCACCAUUCAGUAAGGCAGUCUCAGCCCAGAGGGUAAAAGUAACGUUGAUGCCUCUCUCUUCCACGGUCCUUCCCUUUCCGCAUGAACACCCAGAACUCAACAGUACGACAUUGAAUCAAAACCCCCCAAAAGAGCAGAGAAGGGGCUCUGACACUCAACCCAAAGGAAGCUUAAGGCUAACAUCACUUCACUCUCAAAUGACUGCAAACCUUUAGGAGUAUGUUUACCUUAGGAGUAGCCCUUUACUGCUGAACCCAGUCUUGGAUGACUUAUCACGGACAAGCAAAGACAAAAUAACAGCAGACUGAAUAAUAAUGAAACAAGUAGCCAUCACGUCUUGCACUGAAAUCUAUUCCAUGCAUCAGUGGCGCUUCCAAAAACUCACAAACUGGUUGGUAAAAAUGUAGUGUUAGCUGGCCUAACAGGAAACCUGCUGUCCCAUUGUGUCAACGGUUCCUUGCCCCCGAUGUCCUGCGCCAACAGGUCGAGAAAAUGCUCCCCCCUAAUUCCUAAGAGCACACUUGACUGGCUGGUUUGCACCUCAGGGGUGGGAACGAGAGGGUUAAAAAGCCAUGAAUUUUCUUGAUGAACAUAUCAGCUGCCCUACCAGAACCAACGUCGACAUUUGCUCGUGGGUGACGAACCCUCAGCAUGCCUUGACGGUGUCACAGUCAUGUAAUAAUUGGCAAAACCAAACAUGUCAACAAAAAUGAAAUCCCAGUUUUCUAACUUGGUAAGCGUUGAGCUGUUGCUGAAGAGUUGACGUCCGCAGUGGGUUUUAGUUUAUCAUUGUUGAAUUUGCUACCUCAGAUUUCACUGGUCCAUUGUUUUUCACCUAAGCACCCAGAAUGCUUAUAAAGUGUACAUAGCAGUCAUGAGCUACUGAAAUAUACACGUUAGAUGGUUUACGACCAGACGAAUGCGCCAUUAUUUUAUGUACAGUACAAUAUGCAAACACUGGCAAGAAAUGAGUGAGUGUGCUUUAUUAUUAGUAGUGUGUGUGUGUGCGCUAACUUUAGGUCCAAAAUCUGUGUGUGUCUUCAUUUUAGUUUUCAAUCUGCAAAGUAUAGCUCAGUAUGUUGUUUUCACCCACUGUAAAUGGACACUCGUCUGUUUUUUUUAAAGGCAAAUUUGUUUUAAUUAGGGAGUCAUUACAAGCAAGAGGUUUUGUUUUGUGGAUCUUAGCAGCUCAUGUAAAACUCCCUUUAAUAUGAAGUUACAAAAUAGUUACAAGGUCAACGGAGUCUGCCCAAGACUUUUUAAUCAUUCAACCUAAUGUUUCAGAAUUUAUAGUACCAGACAUAGACAUCAUAUUCCUACCUAAAACCUGGGAACACAGAUCCUCUGAGGUAUGAAGAUGCUUGGAUACACAGGGUGACCAGAAGUCAAAGAAGAAAUGUAAUGUAUGUACAAAUGUGCUUGCAUGCAGUGUGAUUCAUCUUUAUAGUUGCAAAGAGCAAAAUAUGCAGGAUGUCCCAUAAUUCACUAUACACUUUUUUUCAUUUUUUUUUUUAAUUCCGUUUCAGAUACCGUUUGGACAAAUGACAAUGUUAAUUGUCAAGCAGUGGGCAAGGGAAAGUAAUGCUUACAAAAACUGCAAAGCCUGAACUCUCUAAUAUUGAUGACCUCACAUCUGUGUGAAAGAUACCUAAAACGAAAUGGAAAAAAAAUGAAGUGUAUAGUAUUAAUGACUUCAGACUCCCUGUACAUAACUAAGCAUUGAUUUAAUUCUGUCCAACCAUUACACUGCACCGCCUUAGAUUGUGAGAGUUUAUAGCUUUACCAUUACAAAACGAUACCUUGUCAGGUUUCAGAUAGCUCAGUGCAACUACAUUAUUUGUAUUCGCAAUGCAAGUGAUAUAGUUUGUCCUCAGACACAUACCUGACUCAAAAAAGAAAUGGGCUUCUCUUAGCUUUGUUAGUUUGGAAACAUCAGGGCAUACCCACUGACUGAUUAAUUUAAAAGAUAUUCACGAGUAGUAGAGUUAAAGAUAAAAAAAAAAAAACAUGUAUGAUGUACAAAAAAAGCAUUUGAAAAAUAUAUAUUACUAGCAUAGUAUAGUGGAACCUCAAGUGGAAUGCCCCUGAGAUUGUACAAUCAAGGGAUAGCUGCAUGUGUUUCACGUUUGCGCUUUUUUGUUUUGUCUUUAUUUAUUUAGUUCGUUUUUUGGGCUGGGGGUGUGACACUUAUUCCGAAAGAAAGAUGAGACUUGGUGUUAAAAGAAGAAGAAUGAUAAUAUUUCACUUAAAACAUUGCCUGCACAGUUAGUCAUGGUGGGGACAGUUUGAGACUGCAACUGAUAAUUUUUAUUUCCUUUGGUUCCCGGAUCAACCAACAUAACAAAAUGGCUUGCAUUCGACUUUAGAGGUUUCACUGUAAUGGACAAAUGUAUAAAACAGUAGUGUAAUAGUUCUGCAGUGCUAAAGCAAAAGAAAUACAUAAUACUGUUACUUUAAAAGGAAAAUGCUCGAAAGUAAAACAAUCUAGUCGGCCUCCAGUUCCAAAAUGAAUGUGUGUUUUUCCCUCAAGGCAACUGAAAACAAUAGUCCUGUGUAUCUAAUAGACAAAUAAUUCAUCACUUAUAAGUAUCAAUUCACCGCAAAAUAUAUAUAUUCCCGAUUUAUAACCCCUCCUCCAUUGAUUGUCUUCCCUGAAAUCUUGUGCAUGAAGUAAUUGAGCCUCUAAAAGGAAGCUUACUGCAAUAGUCCUUUAAACAUUUGUAGCAGCAGAAACACUUCCAUUCAUGUUUUAGCACUUUAUAUUUGGAUCAGUGCAAAUGUUUAAUAAGAGACUCAGGAAUGUGUCCUUUGGUUCAUUUUCUUUUUAAUGAAAUUAUGUUAUUCAUUAAAAUAGUCAUCAUUUGCAGAGUCACACCCUAAAACUUAAAUUCUGGUGUAUUUCCCCUUUAAUGCAACAUUUUGAAGAUUGUAUCUUGCUGCUUGCCGGUUGAAGCUAAUUUAUUUGUGUGUCUAUUUUAUUUUGUCUUUUUUUUUUUAUCUGUGAAUUAUUUCAUUAUUUGUAAACGUCUAAUCAUGUUUCUUCCAUAGAUUCAUGUUUUGUUGUUGUUCAGAGUGUAUUUAUGUAUUUGACAUUCAGGCAAGUCCAAAGUAAUAGAAUACGUGAUUAAUGAACAAUGUGGUCAUUAUAAUUCAGUUAUUAGUUUCCCAUGCUAAAGGGAUUAUAGAGUACUUUAUUCUCAGUAUGUCCUCAUCAGUGUCCGUAAUUGGAAUUUGUGGCUGUCACGCUUUGUAAAGGUGCACUUUAGUAUCGAACCAAAGCAAUGAGUGAUGUAACAAAAUGAUCAUUGAAGAUAUUUUUACCUUAUGUGUGAUUCAAACCUUUUGAAGGACUUCAGUGGAAGAAAAUGUUGGUGUGACUUGCUCCCUCUAACCUGCGAAGGGAGUCUACCAAUUUUUAAUAAGCAACCCUAGUGAGGAUAAGCGGUAUAAAAAAUGGAAAAAAAUAAUAACUUUAGGUAUCCACAUUACACCUUCUUCGAGGUUCACAAUCUUCCUUCAGUGAAUUCCAAAAUUUGCCUCAUUUGUCUGCAAUGAGUGGAUGUGCAAAUUACAAAGAGGCAUUAAGGUUGAGGAUGAGGCCAGAAUGCUGCAAUUUUUUUUAUAUUCCAAGGAUUUUAAAAAAGCCCCCCCCGCCCCCCCCCCAAAAAAAUAAAACAAAGAAAAUGGACGUUUCCAAAAAGUUUGCAAGGAUAAACAAUGAAGGACUCUAGAGAGACACAGCUGCUAUUCUCACGCAGUGUUAUGUGGUCAUUUUGAUAUUCACAUAAAAAAAUUAAAACUUUACUCAUGUAACAUCACAACUUCUUUUUUUUCUGCUUUUCAGUGUGGCCCAAAUUCUCCCUCAGCAUCUUUAGACAACAAAAUAGUAUUUGUGCAAGUUCCCUUUUAUAGAGCUUACAGCUGGGAAAUUGCAAUUUACUUUUCACCAUCGCUACAGUACUUCUGUUUUGUUUUUUUCCUUCUUCAGAAUGUUUGCAACGCCCCAAAAUAUUGCUCCCGGGGCGACAGCCACCCCUAUCCUCUCUUUAUGCUGCUUUUCCUUCUCUUCUGCGCAGUUUGUCUGCAACCAUUCGAGAAGCACAGAAAUGGUUUGUUAUACGUCAUUUUUAAAAUCAUUUCUAUAUACAGUAUGUCUUGUGUGUCAGUGAGGCCUGUAACUAAAGGCUACUGACUUCAUUAAGCCAGGUUAUAUUGGCUCUCCUUGCCAUCUCAUGUACUGUAGGGAAUGUUUUUAUUUUAUUUGUUUGUUUGUUUGGGUACAAUAAGUCACCUAGUGGCCUGAACUGUAACUCUACAUUCAGAACUAUAACUUCAAAUCUAGAAUGUGGUUGUAUCUUAUUUGACCUUGUAAGUGUCGGUAGACCUAAUGGUAAUAUUCAAAGCUAGAGAAUACAUGAUGUAAUGCAUACUGCAUCUUAAACCACUAUGGGUACACUUUGAAAAAGAAGACAAAUAACUUGCACCAGAAUGGGAAAUGUUUGUGCAUGAGAUGGGAAGGUGUGUUUAAGUUAAGAUGUUUAGGAAUCUUCUAAUUCCCAUUUUAAUACGCAAAACAAACAUACUCGCUUGCCAGCUCUUCCAUACUGUUGAGCAUUUUUCAGCUCAAUCCAACUUUCUAUAUGAGUUCCAACAGACUCGUAUUUGUAGAUACAUUGAGCACUUGAGGUUUACACAAUACUGGAUCUACUCACGUCACGCUUUUGUCUGUACAUACCAACUUCUUGCAAAGGUAUCAAAACUUUGGCACUCGUAUAGCCAGCACUAUGCAGAAACCGAAACAUUUCUUUGGCAUGCUUUGAAAUGCAGAAUACUAUAGAUGAUAUUGUGAAUAAAGUUUUGCUCUAAUUUCCUAUGAGAAAACUUGCCCUAUUGAAAAAAGCUUGAAGGCAGAAGAUGACCAAGCGAAAGACUUUUAAUAUUGUGCACAUUUUUACUUGCAUGCUGCACUGAAAAUCUUUCAGAAAGAGGAUUUAAUGUGCAAAAACAGCUGCCUUCUGCUGUAUGGUUGCAAACUGUAUGUAGAGUGCAUCACGGAAAUCUUCCAAAUUAUGGGAGAGUCAUAUUUAUAUAUACAGUACAGUACUCAUAUAUGUACCACUCCCAGGUUAUGGGAGAAAGUGAUACUGACUAGCUGCAAAUCUAGUGAUCUAGAAGAUACAAUUUUAUUGUAUAUUUGUAUCUUUGGUUGCAAACUGCUGUAAUGGAGUGAUGCAUGUGUGGCAGUCCUGGACAGAACUGUUUCCCACGUUUUAGGAGCACUUGAUUUAGGAAACCUGCUUAUCGGAAACUAAAGAAAGUGCACCUAAAUGAUUACAAACCCUGCUUUAACGCUGCGGGGGGUUAAAGGGUAAAACUCUUGGAAUGUCUCUUGCUAACACAUCUGACUGCAGUUUUCACCACAUAGGCUUUAUGCUGUGUUUUCCCAUUCAAAUUUGUUGACAUUUGGCUUGAAAAAUUAAUAGGUUGUGCAAAAACAACCUUUAUAAUCUAGAUUCAAUGAUUCAAUUAUCUAUUCAGAACACUCACCUAUGAAGAAAUUUUAAAUUCAAAGUGCAUUCUUCUUAUUUCAUAUCAUAUUUUGGAAAGAUUUUAGGGGGAAAUGGUGCAGCUCCAGGUUUCUGAUUGUGUGUGAGCAUUAUCAGUGGUUGAAGUUUAUAAAAUUUCAAAAUAUUUAUUUCAAUAAACAUCUUUGAAAACAAAA